ACUGGGCACCGACCCGGCUCCAGGAGCGCGGGGCGCCGCGGCUCCGACCAUGGGCAGCUUUCAGCUGGAAGACUUCGCGGCGGGCUGGAUCGGCGGUGCAGCCAGCGUCAUCGUCGGCCACCCUCUAGACACGGUCAAGACUCGCCUGCAGGCCGGCGUCAACUAUGGGAACACCCUCAGCUGCAUCCGCACGGUGUAUAGGAGGGAGAGUGUGUUCGGCUUCUUCAAGGGCAUGUCUUUUCCCCUUGCCAGCAUCGCUGUCUACAACUCAGUGGUGUUUGGGGUCUUCAGUAACACGCAGAGGUUCCUCAGCCAGCACCACGCCAGGGAGUCCGAGGCCAGAGGGUCCCACACCCUGUCGGACCUUCUCCUGGCCAGCAUGGUGGCCGGUGUGGUCUCUGUCGGCCUGGGGGCGCCUGUGGACCUCAUCAAGAUCCGGCUGCAGAUGCAAACACAGCCAUUUCAGGAAGGCAACCUUGGUUUGAAACCCAGGACAGUGGCUCUUGGGGUGCAGCCAGUCUACCAGGGACCUGUGCAUUGCAUCGCCACCAUCGUGCGGACUGAGGGCCUGGCAGGGAUGUACCGGGGCGUUGGCGCCAUGCUGCUGAGGGAUGUCCCGGGCUACUGUCUCUACUUCAUCCCCUAUGUGUUCCUGAACGACUGGAUCACACCCGAGGCCUGCACAGGCCCCAGCCCCUGUGCCGUGUGGCUGGCCGGUGGCCUGGCAGGAGCAAUUUCUUGGGGGACAGCGACUCCUAUGGAUGUCGUGAAAAGUCGACUCCAAGCUGACGGGGUUUAUUUCAACAAAUACAAAGGCAUCCUGGAUUGUAUCUCCCAGAGUUACCGGAAGGAAGGUCUUAAAGUGUUCUUCCGAGGCAUCACGGUGAACACUGUGCGCGGCUUCCCCAUGAGUGCCGCCAUGUUCCUUGGGUAUGAGCUCUCGCUGCAGGUGCUCCGCGGGGACCACACCGUGACCAGCCCCUGAGCGUCAGG